AUGGCGGCCAAGCUAUUACCAAAAGGACUUCUGAAUUUUGUCGGAUUUGGGGAAACUGACAGCCGAACUCUUGUAAAAAAAUUAUCAGGUUUCGAUUCUUGGCGUUUUCAACAGAGGGUUUUAAGAGAUGUUUCAAGAGUUGAUACCAGCAGCUCUAUGCUUGGAAGUAACAUAAGCUUCCCAGUAUGCGUUGCCCCUUUCGGUUUACAGAAAAUGCCAUCACAAAGGGGGGAAAUUGACUCCGCCAAAGCGGCAGAAAACGCCGGGACUGGCUUUGCGAUGAGUUUUUGGUCAUCAUGCACGAUAGAAGAAGUCGCGAAAGCCGUUCCUAAUGUUUUGCGAUGGUUUCAGCUGUACAUAACAAAAGAUAGAUUGGUUUCUAAGAAUCUAGUUCAAAGAGCAAAAAGAAACGGGUACAGCGCUAUAAUUGUAACGGUUGAUUAUGUCGUUCAAGGUAAGGAAUACGUUAACUUGUACAACGACAUUGCAGCCAGCCCAAGUUUGGCAACUAAAAGUAUCGAAGAGAACUUCUAUAAGGUAUUUUUUGAAGGGAUGGACGUCUAUGAUUUGAGUAUGGAACCAAUCGAUAACUUGGAAGGAUAUUGA